CAAUGUACUCGCACAGAUUUGCCACGAAGCCGCGGCUGUACUGUGCUGCGACAGGCUGUCAACCAUAGCCGCAGUUGGAGCUGGUAGCCAGUCAGUAGUUUCAUGCUGUGUGUCAAGUGUGUUGCACGCAUUCGCGCGCUCGUGGCGAAAGCAAAUGCAAGCGAAAUUAAUUCUGAUCUAACAAUGCAAAUAAAAUAAAGUAACAGCAAUAAAUAGUGGGAUAAUUGUUGCAAGUACAGCUGUGAGUUUUAAAAAAAAUUAUGUUCGGUAUUAUCGAGGAGUUAUGUGAAGUGCCAGUCUAAAAGCAAGCAGCAAUCUUGCAACACACUUGUGGCCUAAGCUUUACUCAAAAACUAAAGCUUGCUGAACGACUGGGAUUGUGUGUUGGUGAGACUUAAAAAAGAUGCUUAUUGCAGCUUUGGUACUGUUACAACUUUAGGGCGUUCAAUGCUGUUGCCUACAAGUAGGCGCAAUAAGAUAAAUGACAUCUAGACAUGAUUUAGCCAAACCAGUGUUGCCUCAACAUGCUUGUGCUUCUGAAGUAAAUAAAUGAGAUUACAGUCAUCACCAGCGUUGGCAGGUGAAAUAGCGAAGAAAAAAAUAAAAAAGUAAAGAACAGCGAAAGCCAAAAUUUUAUGUAAGCAAAGUUAAAAGUAGAGCAGGUUGCUCGCGACAUUGAUAUAAAUUGAGUGCCAUUUAUGCUUGAAGUGAAAUAUUAUCUGAAAUAAGUAAGUGUUAUAAAUGGUGUGGCAUAUUUUUCGGCGCACACCUGCAUAACUGACAGCAAAAGUAAUGAGUGUGUCGCAGCAGAGCGAAAGAAGACAAUAAAAAUCUGAAGGUGAGCACUUUUGCAAGAAAAAGUUGAAUAUUACUUAGAAAUUAAAUGAAUUAGAAGUGCGCGAAUAGUGGUUUUAAUUGAUAUUGAAGGUUCUGGCAAACAUUAAGUAUUUGCGCUGAAAAGUAUGCAAUACCCAAUGUGAGUAAUAAAACGAAAUGUGAUAAGUGUAGAAAUAUUAUGAGGAAAUAAUUUGCAUAAUUUGCAUUUUGAGGCGGCGAUGCGUUAAAGAGCGCAAACACGAAACAAGUGGAAAAACAGAAAGGGAAAUUAAUUGCUCUAAUAAGUGUUCAUGAAGAAAAUUUAUGCUGUGUCAUGUUGAUUGAUGACCACAUAGGUGAAGGUGUUGUUGCAUGUGCUAUUGGACGUAACAUAACUGUAUAAUAAAGAUUACCAUAUCAUGCGCUACAACAACAAGUGUUGUUUUGAAAGUGCCAGAGGAGUUUAAAGAAAUCCCACAAAGUAACUAAAUAAACAGGGAAGCUUGUUUUUAAAAAAUAUCAAAUGUUAAAGUUACUACUAAAAUAUAGUUGUAAAUGUAAACCACGAAAGAGUAGAUAAAAUCCGAAAAUACUAAAAGAAAUUCAAUUUGACCCAUUUAAAGAUUGUCGCGUAAACACUGUAACGCGCUGAAACGUGGUUAAACCGCCAUUAAAAGAACAAUUCCGUGUUUUUGAGCAAGAAGUACAAAAAAGAAGAAGCAGUCACGGGGAAAAACUGCAAAAAAUUGUGAAAGAGCGAAAUCACGUCAACAGCAGCAAAAGCAAAAAUUACACCUACACCAGGCACUCAAUGGCUGCAGCAAAAGCAGCGUGCGCUUGAAGUCGAGUUAAGUGUUUACUGCGCGCCCGGAGGUAGGCAACAACAGUGUGGUAGCUGAGAAUCGGUGAGUGAGUGGAUUGGGGAGCGCUACCAUUCAGCCAAACAGCUUACAAUUCAAACUUUCGUCUGCCCGCCUGGCUGUCUGCUUGGCUGCCCACCACAUCUCCACUUGGUCGCCUGCCAGCCAACAAUUCACCAAACCAACAAAGCGCACAAAGCGAAUGAAGUGAGCAGAGAAAACAUUUAGGAAAAGCGAGAAAGUGAGAAAAAGGAAAAGCAUUUUGGGUUAUUAGUCCCGGGAGUGUUUUUUAAAAAGACCAUUUUUCUGGUAUUUCACUGGCACUAAUUUGAUGAAAUCUUUAGUUGGCAUUUUUUGAGUAACCCGCGCACCCUGUGUAAACCAUUGUGACCGCCUCGGCUGUCAGACUUGAUUUUGCCAUUUUUUCGUUGUCGUUGUUGUAAAACGCCGAUUGUGUCCAUUGCGCCGAGUCAUCAUAUUAGCUGCGGCACAGUUGUUAGGGGGAAACAUUGUUAUGAUUGUCGGAAAUGUUCACAAAUAUUAGAGCGAAAUUGAAAAAGUAGCACAUUGAAGGCGGGGUGACUAGCCCAAGGGGAUACGGGUAUGUGAAGUGCUGAUAAACACUUGAAAUACUUGCUCGUGGCGCUAAAGACUAUUCGGGGCCGUGAACGAAGGCACCUCCCUCAAUUACGUUGUGCGGGCGCGUGUUUUUCAAUUUACUGAAAUUCCCUCUCAACCGUCUAACGGCAACGAAUAAUCAACGGAAACAACGCAACAACGCAGCAACGCUUGGACAACUCUGCGUGCGGCGCCUAUUAAUCCAUUGCAAUUAAACAGGAACUUUGGUAGUGGCAGUAUCUCAGCGGAAGCGACCAAGUGUGGCAAUUAGCAUCAAAUCAAGCCUUUCACACACACAGCCACAAACACGCGCUCAACGAAUUGCGCUGCGCGGCACAAUGAGUUCUUCAAGUGAGCUGCGCGUUAGUGGCGCGUUCAGCUCCGGUCUGCAGCUAUUGCUCCUGUUGGCCGUUAUACAAGAGUCGUUGAGCUCCUACUCGACUACAACUUCGACGACGACGGUCUCGCCAGCGAAUCUACUGCCCUACUUCGACUUCGAUGUGCCGCGGAAUUUGACGGUGACGGUCGGUCAGACGGGUUUCCUGCAUUGUCGCGUCGAGCGAUUGGGCGAUAAAGAUGUCUCCUGGAUAAGAAAACGUGACUUACACAUAUUAACCGCUGGUUCCACGACCUACACGUCAGAUCAGCGAUUUCAGGUUAUACGACCUGAAAAUUCGGGCAAUUGGACCCUGCAAAUAAAAUAUCCACAGCAGCGCGACUCUGGCAUCUACGAAUGCCAGAUCAACACGGAGCCGAAAAUGUCGCUUUCAUACACGUUCAAUGUGAUUGAGCUCAAAGCCAACAUAAUCGGGCCAACGGAUUUGUAUGUGAAAAGUGGCAGCGAUAUAAAUCUAACGUGCCGCAUCAUGCAGGGACCGCACGAGUUGGGCAACAUUUUCUGGUACAAAGGCACCGAAAUCAUCGAUAUGUCAGCGAAUCUAAAUGAGAUCGACAGCGCGACGCGGAUUAGUGUCGACAACGAUUGGACAGAUGGAUUGACAUCAAGAUUGAAAAUUCGCCGUGCCAUGCCCUCUGACACCGGCAAUUAUACGUGCGUGCCAACGAUAGCGAAGUCAUCCUCGGUGUAUGUGCACGUCAUAAUAGGUGAGCACCCUGCCGCCAUGCAACACAACUCGAGCAGCAUGUACAGCGGCAAUUUCUACUGUAGCAUUUGUUGCAUGCUCUUCACAAUUUUCACUUGUUGUUUGCAACACUUCCUCGCAACAACAACAGCGGCUGCAACACUACUCACUGUGACAACUAAAGGCACCAGCAAAUGCAGCAGAAGUAACAAAAACAAUAAUAACGAUGACGGCGGAAGCGAGUGCAAAACUCCAACGUCAGCUGCACAGAGCACGGCACUAGCCACCGACGACUACAGGUGCGUGAGUAUAAGGAGUUGCAACAAUCGCCACUACCAAAGACACAGCCGUAGCCGCAGCCCGAGGCGCAUUAGCAUUAGUGGCGCAACCGCAAGAAGUUCGCAUGCAACACGCGCACUCAGCGAAAUUACGAGAUGAAGAUGAAGCUGUGACCGAGCACAAACAAUUAUACUGCUACACGCACACACACAAACACACAUAUACAAUAUAUACAGCAACACAUACUAUAAAGCCAGUGAGCGAAAUGAAGUAGUUGACGCAACAGUUGCGCAACGCUGAAGGGCCGCACACGCUUUGAGCUCACAAAUGGAAUUGGACGCAGGGCUGGAGUAGCAGAAGGCGCUUUGCCGAACGCAAUGGUUGGGGGCGCGGGAGCCUGCAGAAGGGCGUAAACGCAUUAAAGUUAAAACACUCACGCACUCAAGCGCCACAACCAUCUCGGUUGAACGUUCCUCGCCGCGCUAUGCCGCAAGAGACCAGGCCCAGCUGGUGAUUAAACGACGAGCAGCACAUACCACCCUGCAACACAUUAAGCAAACACCAGCAAUUUUAAGAAAUAAGCGCAAGUCUCUAGCCAAACACUUUGCGACAUGCAUUUGAAUUACUUGUGGCUCCUCCGCCCUCUGUCUUUCGCCCAGCUGGAGUGUUAGGCGCGUUAGUGCCGUGUCAGCGUAUGACCAGUUUACUGCCGACUUGAGCGUGACUUCGCGCCUUGCCCAGCCGCGCCACGUUGCCACAUUUUCUCAUUGAACGAACUCGCUCGCUGUGUGUUGCCAUUUGGGUUAGAAAUUUUUACGAAAUUACUUUUACUUUCCUACACGCAUACACACUCACACAAAUGGAGGACAUACUACUGAUAGGUUAAGCUGUGGAUAACCAUAACACACACACGCACGCAACCUUAGAAAUACAUACAAAUAUUAAGAUAUUUCCAGAAAUCAAAUAGCCGUAGUGAAAUUUAAGACAAACACUUGUAGUGAAAAUAAUAAUUAAAGCAAAACAACACGAAAGGUAAAACAAAAAUCAUAGAUACUAAGCCAUCAAGUAAAAUAGAGGAUUCUAUCACACACACACAUAUAUAAUAUAUAUAAAUAUAAAUAUGUUAGUAUAACUUAAUAGCGUAAUGUUAAGUGUGCAGGUGAGUAGUGGGUAGGAGUCAACCUCCUGGAGGUCAACAAUUGAAUUGCGCUCUUUGAGGAUGGAGCAUAGAUAAGUAACCGUAAAAUGUAAGACUUACCAUAUUAGACAUAAUUGAAAUUGUUAUUGUAUGCGUAAGCUCUUUUCGUAUGUGUGUGGGGCUUAUGUAUGUAUGUAUGUAAAUAUAGACACCCCGCAGCAAUACGCGCAGGUUUAAAUGUGAAGAUGCGCUAUCAAAUAUAUGCAGAUAUAUACUUAAAGUACCGUUUCCCACAACGCUUUAAAUUUUUGCAAUAUCAUUUUUACGAGUUUCUGUGUGAAUAUAUUUUUUUUUUUAACAAAAAUAAUUUUGUAGACUCAUAAAAAAUCACCUAAAAGCAAAUUGAACAUUUUUAAAAUAGUUGGUGUUGAAUGACACAGUUAACCUUACAUUUGUAAAAGAAAAAGCAUUUGUAAUUUUAAAAAUAUACAAAGCUUUUCCGUCAAUUAUUUAGGAAGAUCUAUAAUCUCAGAGUUACAACUAACAUGCACUCAGUGUUGUCGCAGUGACCCAUGAUAUUAUUCUUAAAAGCGGAAAGCAAAGCGUUUCCAAAACUUUCUUACAUUUGCGUGUGGCUAGUGGCAACUCAUAAUUACUUAAUACCAAACAUAUUAUUUUUCUUGUCUCUAAUCAGUCUUAAACUUGCACUGCUAUUUAAGAACGAGCGAAAUAUGUAAAAGUAUUCACAACUGACAUUUUUUAGUUUAUGAAGUAAAGUGGCGAAUCGAACCCUCAAGUCGUGUAAGUCCAAGAAACGUGUAUAAGCAAAAUUUGUGUAAUAAAUUUAACUUCAUAUAAUUUCUGCUUCUUUCAAGAGAGUUAAAACUCAACAAGUAGGGAAGUGGCAAUACGAAAUCUAAGCUAAAUAUACUUUCAAAAGUUGUAAAAUUGUUGUUUUGUUUUCCUACGCAAAUAAAUUAACUCAAAAACUUUGUGGUAUUGCUAGGUGGAUCUUCAUUAAUAAUUAAUUGAAAGGAAUGCUGAAUAUAGAUUGCUCUUCCCACUGUUUAAUGCACUUUCCUACGAGAGAAGGAUAUUGCAAAUUAUUUAAAAAAAAUUUCAACUUUGAAGAUAUGCUAAUGGUACUCAAGCGCAGUCUGUCAAACAUUUAAACUUUGUCAGAAAUGAUAGCGCCUAGUUAGAACCUGUUUGCUGCCGCGGGGUGCUUAAACACACAAAUAGUAGCAGUAAUAAGUAAGCGUUGGCAAAAGUAACGGGUGUGCGUGUGUUCACUUGGCGGUGGGCAAGAUAUUCCGAUACACGUGUGCACAUAUACAUGUAUGUAAUAAGGAUGAUGGCCGCCAGAGCGUUUAAGCCGCACAUAGUAAAAUGAAUGAUAAUAAAAUAAAUCGGUUAAAAUUUGCAAUAAUGAGUGGCUAAAUUAAAUUGAAUAUGCUGUGUAAUAAAUGUAGUCGUAAUUUGUAAUAAUAAGCAUUAUUUUUUAAAUCCCAUUUUGCAUAAGAAUGUACAUACAUACUUACUGCUAAUUAUGUAUGUACAUACAUACAUAUAUGUAUAUUUAAAUUAAUAGAGUAAAUUACCUUUUAUUUGCCGGCAUUCAAUUUCAGCUCACUUCGGCAUUCAUCGCAUGCACUUCUAUUAGCUGGCGUUGUUGGCCCGGAGUAAAUGCUGAAAUUAUUCGAAUUAAUUUUUCAAUGUCAUUGAUAGCAAAGUGCAGGAUUUAUGGUUAUGUGUAUACAUAAUUAUGUAUUCUGAAAUAAAAAGUUCUCAAUUGUGCGAUUUUUAAUUUGUUUUGUAGCUGGAGGGCAAAAUUAUAUUUGGUCAUGAAAUUGCACUGCAAUAAAUUGGUUCCUGCAAUAAAUAACAAUAAAUUGUUUAAAAAAAAUUUCAAACAAAUAUAGCAAUAUUUAUACAUAUAAAUAAGAAUAUAAUUUUUGAAAUAACUUGCAACUACCCUAAAUGAUUACAUAUUUUUAUAUGGAAUUCUUCAAAAGCGAAAAAGUACAAUAUUUCCAAUCAAUUUCGAAUUUUACAAAAUUGUGGCAGCAAUUGUUCGUAUAUAAUAUUAAUAUAGAUGUAUUUGUGCGAGUGUGCGCGCAUCAAGUAAAUAAGUUUUGUGUAGUUAAACUCAUUUUGCGGUGUAAAUAUUUUAUUAGUUUCGAAUUAGUUGCUCUUUUGUGUGCAUGCUAUGAACUACAAGUACUUGUAUGUUUGUUCGAAAAAUAUUACCUUUAUUUGAGUUUGAGUUUUUUUUUUCAACCAACCAACGCACGAAUAAUCAGCACCAAGCUGAUUAUCAACCUAAAAAUAACUGUAUAAAGUUGUGUGUAUGUGUGAAUUUUCAUUUUUAAAUCCUAAUAAUUUAGUUUCCGCGCAGUUUUGAAUUUCCAUUUCCACACUUACAUAUACCCACAUACAUGCAGUCGCUUGCGGCGCUGCGCUGGCGUGUAUUACCACUGCAAUCAGUUCAACUGCGAUGGCAAUUGAAUGCUAAACACGUUUAUAUAUGUAAAUAGUAAGCGAACUGUGCAAGUCAAUAGUUUUAAGCUAAUUUUAAAGGUAAAUGAAUUUCAUAACAAAAACAAAAACAUUAAACUCGAACCGUAAAACAAUGAACCAACCACACAACACACACACAUAAAUAUAUUUAUAUAGUUGAACUAUAGGCUAAUUGGGAGAAUGGAGGCGAAAUGCCGAUUUAAAUUUUAGAUGGUAAAUACAGUUAGAUGUUCAUAUGCCGCAACGCAUUAGCAGUUAAGUAAACAUGAAAAUAAACAGUGUGAAAUUAAGUUGAAGCAAG